AGUGAUCUAGAGAGAGUACUUUGUGAAACCUCUAGAGUUAGUGUGCCCCAGAUACCAUCAUGCUUGGCCUCUGGCUACUCAGCGUCUUAUGGGCACCAGCAGUAGCCCCUGGACCUCCUUUGCCCCAUGUGAAACAGUAUGAGGUGGUUUGGCCCCGGCGCCUAGCUACAUCCCGCUCGCGCAGAGCCCUGCCCUCCCGCUGGGGCCUGUACCCAGAGAGUCUGAGCUAUGCUCUUGGGACCAGUGGGCAUGUUUUCACCCUGCACCUUCGAAAGAACAGGGACCUUCUUGGCUCUAGCUACACAGAGACCUACUCAGCUGCCAAUGGGUCUGAGGUGACAGAGCAGCUGCACGAGCAGGACCAUUGCCUCUACCAGGGCCACGUGGAAGGGUACAAGGGCUCAGCUGCCAGUAUUAGCACCUGCGCUGGCCUCAGGGGCUUUUUCCGUGUUGGGUCCACCGUCCACUUGAUCGAGCCUCUGGGUGCAGAUGAAGAGGGGCAGCACGCAAUGUACCAGGCACAGCAUCUGCAACAGAAGGCUGGGACCUGUGGGGUCAGCGACACCAGCCUGGAUGACCUAGGGCCUCGGGCCUUAGAAAUCUACAGGGCUCAGCCCCGGAACUGGCUCAUACCCAGAGAAACCCGCUAUGUGGAGUUGUAUGUGGUUGCAGACAGCCAAGAGUUCCAGAAGUUGGGCAGCAGAGCCGCCGUGCGCCAGCGAGUGCUGGAGGUUGUAAACCAUGUGGACAAGCUUUAUCAAGAACUCAGUUUCCGAGUUGUCCUGGUGGGCCUGGAGAUCUGGAACAAGGACAAAUUCUACAUCAGCCGUUAUGCCAACGUCACGCUGGAGAACUUCUUGUCCUGGAGGGAACAGAACUUGCUGGGGCGGCACCCACAUGACAAUGUGCAACUUAUCACGGGGGUUGACUUCAUUGGGACCACUGUUGGACUGGCUAAGGUGUCUGCCCUGUGUUCCCGUCACUCAGGAGCUGUGAAUCAGGACCACACCAAGAGCUCCAUUGGUGUGGCCUCUACCAUGGCCCAUGAGCUGGGCCACAAUCUGGGCAUGAGCCACGAUGAGACCAUUCCGGGAUGCUACUGUCCUAUACCACGUGAGGGUGGUGGCUGCAUCAUGACCGAAAGCAUUGGCUCCAAGUUCCCCAGGACAUUCAGCAGGUGUAGCCAGACUGACCUCGAGUCAUUCGUGACAAAACCCCAGACAGGCUGCCUGACCAAUGUCCCAGAUGUCAACCGGUUCGUGGGUGACCCUGUGUGUGGAAACCUGUUUGUGGAGCAUGGAGAGCAGUGUGACUGUGGGACACCUCAGGAUUGUCAAAACCCCUGCUGCAAUGCCACCACUUGCCAGCUGGCCAAGGGGGCAGAAUGUGCUGAUGGUGCCUGUUGUCAUGACUGCAGGGUAAAGCCAGCUGGGGAGGUGUGUCGUCCCAAGAAGGACAACUGUGACCUGGAGGAGUUCUGUGAUGGCCAGAAGCCAACAUGUCCUGAAGAUGCCUUCCAACAAAAUGGCACUCCCUGCCCAGGGGGCUAUUGCUUUGAUGGGAACUGCCCCACACUGGCACAGCAGUGCCAGGAUCUGUGGGGGCCAGGUGCCCGGGCAGCAGUCGACUCCUGCUUUGCCUUUAGCAUCCCUCCGGGCUGCAAUGGCAGGCUGUACCCUGGCAGGGUCAACCGGUGUGGGGUGCUGUACUGUGAGGGAGGCCAGAAGCCCCCUGAACGUUCCUCCUGCACUUUCUCCUCCAACAAUGGAAUCUGCCACGCUCUUCACACAGAUAGCAACACCCACGACACCUAUGAGCUGGUACUCCAGGGCACCAAGUGUGAGGAGGGAAAGGUUUGCAUGGCUGGAAGCUGCCAGGACCUCCGUGUAUACAGAUCUGAAAACUGCUCUGCUAAAUGCAACAACCAUGGGGUAUGCAACCACAAGAGGGAGUGCCACUGUCACAAGGGCUGGGCCCCACCCUACUGUGCACAGCAGCUGACAGAUAGACAAGGUAGACAAGCAGCAUCUACGCGCCUCCCCGUCAGUGUGGUUGUGGUCUUGGUAAUCCUGGUGGCUGCAAUGGUCAUCGUGGCUGGCAUCCUCAUCUACCGAAAGGCCCCGAGACAAAUCCAGAAGAGGAGUGUGGCACCCAAGCCUACCUCGGGGGUCUCCAACCCCCUAUUCUAUACAGGGGACCACAGCCUGGCAGCUAAGAGCAAGCCUCCAGGCCCUCCUGAGAUGGUUUCUACCAACCAUCCCCCAAGACCCAUAGUGAAACCAAAGAGGCCUCCCCCUGCACCUCCAGGUGCUGUGCCCAGUCCACCACUCCAAGUUCCUGUUUAUGCCCCAAAGGUUCCAAAUCAGCUUAGACCUGAUCCUCCCACCAAGCCCCUCCCAGAGCUGAAACCCAAGCAGGUCAAGCCAACCUUUGCACCCCCAACACCACCAGUCAAGCCUAGGACUGGAGGGACUGUGCCUGGAGUGACUCAGGGCGCUGGUAGGCCAAAGGUUGCUCUGAAGGUCCCCAUCCAGAAGAGGUGACCUGCUAGGGCACCCCAGGGCCAUCGUAAGCUUGUGGAAGUUUGGAGAUAUCACUGCUCCUGUAAACGUGUUCCUUCAGCAACACCCCCACCAAGGGUGGACCUGCACACACUGCUCCUACCUCAGGAAUAAUCUCUCUGUGGCCCUUGCUGUUCAGCUGCCCUCCUGAUCCAGUUCCUCUCACUGGCCCUGGCCAGCUUAGAUCUGAUGUCUACGUAUGCUAGUUGCUAGGCAGGGGCGGCGGCGGCGGCUCCUGCAGCGAGCAUGAGCAAGUCUGUCUAUGGGUGGACAGAAUGGCAGGAGUCCCCUCCCCGCGACUUCUGCAUCGGCCCUCAGGCAGUGACCUCUCCCCAGGGCACAGUUCCUGUAUCCACAUCCCACUCCUGUAAGAGACUUAGGAAGGAAAAGCCGACGUUUUGGGGGUGUUGGGACAGAAGUUGCCGUCAUUUCCGGGUUGAAACAUAAUAGUUGUUGAAACUAUGACUAAACACUAUUCACUAAUAAAGAUUCUAUUUUAUCAGUAGAUUAUAGAUCACA